AUGGGGAGUGCAGAUGUGAACCCUGGUGAUGUGGAAGGGCAGCAAAGCAGUGGAGAGGCUUCAGGUGGUGCAGGGGGUGGGAAACAGUCUGAGCAAAGCUCUGAAGCAAAGCCAGGCAGGUUCCCAUCACCUGACAGUGGCUUCCAGUCUGAUUUUGCACCUUCUAAGACUGACCCAGAGGCAACUGGCACACCUUUGGAAGCAGUCCCUGGUGUCACUGAUGCUGAGCAGCCACAGCCAGCCACUGGACCUGAGGUGGGGACAGAGAAACUGACAGCAGAUGGAGCUGCCCAGAAGAAGAAGAAGAAGAAACAAAAACCAUCUGCCAGUAAAAAGGAGGCAGAAAAAGCUGAGACCAACAAGAAAGCAAAAGCAGAAGCUAACAGAGGUCAAAAGAAAGAUCCUUCCCAGCAGGCUGAGGCUCCCCAGCAGCUGGAUGAGCAGCUGUGGAAAGAGCUGGACUGGUGUGUGGAACAGCUGGAACUUGGCCUGAAGACCCAGAAAUCAACUCCAAGGCAGGCGGCAGAGGCUGCCCAGGCCAUCAGGACGCUGCGCAGCGACAAGGCUCCGCUGGUGAGGAAGCGUCAGCUCAUGAGAGCCAUGUUUGGGGACUACAGGAGGAAGAUGGAGGAGGAGUGGUGCAGAGAGCUGAAGCUCAUGGAAGCAGCUGUGAAGUCUGCCAGGGUGGUGGCAAUGCAGAGAGACACCUGCAGGAAAAGCUGCCAGUUCAUCAGGAAGCCCUCAGGAGCUUGCAGGAAGAGCCAGGCUUCAGCAGGAUCCCCUGCAGGAUCACCCAGGAGACUCAACACAGGCUUGUUCAAAUUCCUAACUCCCCAAGAAGAGUUUCACUUCAAUUUCUUGGAGGAAAGUCAUUUAGACUAAGACCUGUGGCUAAAAGCCACACCCAGGCCUCCUGUGAGCUUCAUGGUGGAGAGCUGCUGUGCAGCAGAAAAUGUUACACCAGAAUGUGGGGAUUUCCAAAGGGAAGGAGGUGUAAAACAGGCCUGCCU